GGCUGCAUUGGAUGCUCAGGUCAGAUGCUCAGGCUGCUGCUUGCCGGCUCCAGGCUGGAUCCGUUUGUGCAGUGAUCGACCAAUUACAAUCUCCUUCCCCUCUCCCCAAUCCUUCACCCUAGAGAGCUGGGAAGUAGGGGGUAGAGGGAGGAGGCCGAGGGGGGAAAGUUGCGGCUCCGUGGCUGGGGGAGUGCUUGGCAGGGGAGAUGCAGGGAGGAGAGGGUGCUGCAGCAGGCGGACGGGGCACAGCCCUGGGGGCAGCCGGAGGAGCCAGGUGCAAGUGAAGGACCAGGACUCCCAGCACCAUGAAGCUGCUGCUGCUGCUAUGCCAGGCCCUGGGGAUGCUCCUCGCCUGGGGGACCUUGUGUAUCUGCCUCGUUUCGUCAGAGGAGUCCGCCUCUGAGGGUCUCACCUCAACAUCACUGGUGGAGUUUGCAAUGAUGUCCCAUCUGGAGCCUCUGGAUUCCAGUGAGCAAACCAGCCCAGAGGCUGUGGAGCCCGAGCUGGUCCCCAGCGCCCUGCACGCCUCCCCAGGAUCUGGCUUUGCCAGUGAAGAGAACGAAGAGUCCAAGAUCUUGCAGCCCCCCCAGUACUUCUGGGAAGAUGGGGGAGAGCUCAAUGAUUCCAGCUUGGACCUGGGACCAGCCACAGACUACAGCUUUCAGGUGGCCUCUCAGAAGUCCCUGCUGAGAGAGAAUGGGACCCAGGUGAAGAACAGCUGGGAAACUGCAGCCCUGCACGUGCCAUCGGAUUCGGUCAAGCCUGACCCACACGUGGCUUUCUCCAGCACCCUAGAGGAAGAGGAGGGGCUGCUUCCCAUAAAUCACUCAAGGGGAGGGCCAGAGAGUAGCAAGACCGACUGGCCAAAGGUCAUGUCUUCAGAAGUAGCUGGCCAGGAGGACUCCUUGUUGUCCCUCCUACUUUCCACAGCCUCCAGCAGGCUGGGGGUUGUGACAAAGGGAACAGUAGAAAGAGCGGAGGAGGACUCUGCUCCUGAGCACACCUCUUCAGGCUUUGACCUAGGGAGCAGCAUGGGCCCAAGUCUGCUGCCUGCGUCCUCCCUCUUGUCUACCACCACUGCAGGAUCCCAGGCAAUCUCAGAAGACCCUUUUGAGAUGACUUCCAGAAAUACAGGGGUGAUGGGCGCAGGAGUGGAGCUCACAGAGAGCACAGCGACAGCAGAGCUGGGAAAUCCCACAGCGGAGGCUGGGGGGGAGCUUACCCAGCCCACCAUGCUGACUGGAAUGGAGCAAACCGAGGAGGCUCCUGAGAUAACAGCGUCUCCUGGAGGUGGUCCCCCAAGUACCAAGGCUGUGUCUGAGAGUCCUGGCUCCUGGAACCUCGGCCCCUCCUCAGCUCCCUGGGAUAGUGCUGACAGCCCGGCCCCAACCCCUGCUCCCAACAGCACCAAGCUGGUGACUACACUGGUGAUGGAGGACAGCUUUGCACUACAGACUGAGGACAGUCCUGCAGCUGUGAUGCCAACAGAGAUGCCCUGGAAUUCCCCUCAGGUGAUCUGCAAGGACUGGAGUAACCUGGCAGGGAAAAACUACAUCAUCCUGAACAUGUCAGAUAACAUCGACUGUGAGGAGUUCCGGCUGGAGAGGGGCCCACAGCUGCUGGCUCUGGUUGAAGAUGCCUUCUCCAGGCAGACAGAUGGACUGCAGGGCCAAUGGCUGAUCUCUUUGAGCAAACCCAAUGAGAAUGACAAGCACCUGCUAAUGACCUUGGCAGGGGAGCAGGGUGUCAUUCCUACAAAAGAUGUUCUCACAGCCCUGGGAGAUGUGAAGAGGAGCUUAGCUGAGAUUGGGAUCCAGAACUACACGACCACCACAAGCUGCCAGUCACGCCCCAGCCAGCCCCGCAGUGACUAUGGGAAAUUGUUUGUGGUGCUGGUCAUCAUUGGCUCCAUCUGCGCGAUCAUCAUCAUCCUUGGGCUCAUCUACAACUGCUGGCAGAGGCGCCUGCCCAAGAUGAAGAACAUGUCACAUGGCGAGGAGCUGCGCUUUGUUGAGAAUGGCUGCCAUGACAACCCCACAUUAGAUGUAGCCAGCGACAGCCAGUCAGAGAUGCAGGAGAAAAAGCCAAGUUUGAAUGGCGGGAGUGCCAUCAAUGGCCCCGACAGCUGGGACGUCCUGAUCGGCAAGCAGGCAAGCGAGGACACAGAUGUGUUUGAGGAAGACACGCACCUUUAAAGAAGAGAAACAUCCAACAAAGAUCUGUAUCCUGGCUUGACUUCAGGGCCAUGUGGUCAGACUGGCUUCUCAGGAACUUUUUAUCAGGCUGGGACAGGUCAAUUGUAUGGGCGCAUCUUCUUGGGGUCCUGAGACCACAUCCAAGUCCUGGCAUGAGGAGGGUUGCUGUCAGAGGAGGGGGGCGGGUGGGGUUUGUGUGUAUAUGUGUGUUGCUAUCAGUAGCGCCACUGCUUUCAUCUUUUUUAAAUGCACUUCCUGUAGCUCUCUGGUAGUGGCUGAGAGUGGCCGGGUUUGGGAAGCAAAACAACCAGGUUAAGAUUGCCUCCAAGUGCCUGCUUCUGGGAAGUAUAAUCCAGCAGGAAAGAGCAGGCCAGACCUCUCUGGCACCUGGAUUUGUAUUGGUGGGGCUGACAGAAUCUGACCCAGCAGGCACUGUGGCAGGAGAAUGUGCAUCUCAUUUUAGGACUCGGGAAAGCUAAGAUUUAGCUGAUGUUCCAGGCAGAGUUUGCAUUCUACAUAUAUGUCCUCUAGUGCUGGAGCCCAAUUCUAGCCAGAUGCCCCCCUGUGAUCUCUUUCUCUCUCUUCUUUACCUCCCAGCCCUAACCCCUUUCCCAUUUCCAUAGGCUCCUUGUUAAUCCUGCAAAGUUUGAGCACUUUAGCCUGGUUUGUUGGGCCGACUGCAGAUAAUUCAAUGCUGUAUCGAAAAGCAUCUGCUGGGAUGUCAGUGUGAGGAGGGACCUGAAAACGGUUCUGACCAGCCACUACAAGGCUCUAGUCAUGGCAGCCUGAGGGACAGAGGACAUUUCACUGGCACGAUCUAAAUCUCAGAUUCUCUUUUUUAAUUCUUAUCCCAUUUUCUGGGGGCAAGAAUGAGGGAAAGUCUAGCUGUGGCCUUCAGCUGUGGUCAAGCUUGUGAGAUCAACAUGCAAAGCAGCUGAGACACCUUCACUGGUACUAGUAAUAUCCAGAGACUGAGCCUCCCAGUUCCUCUUCUGUCUUUGCCAGAUCUCUUCCUAUGGCAGAGAGUCUGAUUUCACUCGCAGUGGAGUAAAUUAGGAGCAACUCCAUUGAAAUUGCUGCAUUUAGACUAGUAUAAAAAUCAAUGAAUGUGAGAUCAGAAUGAGACUUGGGCCUCUGGGAUGAACGCUUCAUGGGUGAGCCUGGAGCAAAUGUUUCUGACUCCCUGCGGCUCUGACCUAGAGGGUCCUGAAUAUGCAUAUGACAUAUGAAUAUGAAAAAUGCACUUGAAUAUGCAUAGUUGUGCUCCCAGGCCUGCCAAAAUCACCGUAGGAGAGCUACUGCCCCCACAUCUGAAACUCCACUGUGUUUUGUCCCUCUUUUUCUCCUCACUGUUCUGUGCAUGGGGGGUAUGUCACUCGAAAACAAAUUCCUCUCCUCAUCUGUUUUCAAACCUAUGAGUGGUUGUCUGCUCACCUACUGGUGAGAUAUGGUUAAUGUUUGGUCGUUAAGGGAAUCAUUGUACGGGCAGUAUAUUGGAAUGGGGCCUAAUGCCGAGCCUGUCACUUAAAAUCUCUCCCUUUAUGUGUGUA